AUGCGAGUAGGACGUUCUCUCUCGGCUUUGUUCACGGGCAUAGUUGCCCUCACAACUGCUACUCAGUCUUUUGCCUAUGAUGUUCUCAUCGUCUCAAACAACGAUCUUAACUCGACUAACCCCAAUCGUGGUAGUGCAUUGCUUCUGGCUGGUGCCUUGACAUGCGCGGAAGCGCAACAUGCAUGCGACCUGCUUCAAGAGUCCUUGUUACCACCGCCUAACAACACUGGGUUCUCGGCAGGCGAACUGGUACAAGCUCUAACCUCGGACAAACAUGGAGCGGCGCUUGACCGAUCUCAGAAUAUUUGGGUAGCUGGUAAUUCUACAUGCGACGUGUUCUCGCUGGACUCACAACAACGGCUGGUGGCUCAACCCAAACCAUCGCAAGAAAACGACGACCGACUCUCAGCCCUAUGCACCAAUUCCGCUCCUUUGGCACGAUCCAAUGUGACUUCCUACGAUACAUCACGCCAGAUACAGGUCUCCACAAGCAACGCCGGAAUUCUGCAAGGGUUUCGCGAUAAAUUCUCCUGGCGUUUUUUGGGUAUCAAGUUUGCUGAACCUACAACAGGCGAUGCUCGCUUCCAAGUUCCGACCGCCCUAAAAGUCGCACCAAACACAACCAGGAGUGCCCUUGAGUAUGGUCCCUACUGCGCUCAGGCUCCGGAUGCAGAUAACGGUCACGUCGUUCAUACGAGUGAAGACUGCCUUCAACUAAAUAUAUAUACACCGUUGGUGUCAUUUAACGGAAAUGCCGAUAGUGAACACAAGCUACCUGUGAUGGUUUUCAUUCAUGGUGGUGCUCUCAACACUGGCGAUAGUGGCCCAUUUUCAUACAAUAUGACGUCGAACGGCUUUGUCGGCAACUCUAUAUCGAACGUCUACGAUGGAACAAACCUCGUCUCCUAUGGCGGUGUUGUCCUUGUAACUAUCAAUUAUCGUCUAACGGCCUUUGGGUGGUUCAAUGCAUCCAACGCGGCACUAAAGGAUUCCCUUUUGGCCCUACAAUGGGUCCAAGAUAACAUUGGGGUAUUUGGCGGCGAUUCAACAAAGGUGACCAUUUUUGGCGAGUCGGCGGGAGCAAUCAUGGUCCGUUUCUUGCUUGGGACCAACCCCAAGUACACAUCAGGGUUGUUUAGUGGUGCCAUUUUGGAAUCCGAUCUACCUAUCGGCUCUGUCUUUGAGUCGUCUGUUCUUGCGCUGAACACAUCAUUGACGCUCGCAACAAGUCUCGGGUGCGCUUCCAACACGUCAAUGGCACUGUCUGCAUCAGACGUUGCGUGUGUUCAGAACAAGAGUGCAGCGGACAUUGCCUUGGCUUCCCUCGAUUUGAGUAUCACAUGGAUGGUUACCGUUGAUGGAGAUUACGUUCUUACAGACUUUCCGUCGAGCGUGAAAGAAGGACAGUGGGCUCGAGUGCCAACAGUCUGGGCGUCGAACGAGUGCGAGGGUUGCUAUUUCCUCCCCUUCGCGGCAAACUCCAGCGUGGCAAUGUUCUCGCAGCAACUCGGAGCUUUCUUCAACCAAACCGUCGUCCAGGCUAUCACGAACGAUACAGCACUUUUCCCCUACAGUACUGCUCCUCCGGAAGACGGCAUAUCUGGAUCUGUUUUAACUGUUGGGCGCAUCCUCACGGACUUUGAUUUACACUGCCCUAUGGCGUAUCUCGCUUCCCUGGAGGCAAAUGUUACCGACCCAAUACCAUCGUACAAGGCGGUCUUUGCCACAGGCCUGAGCUCUCCACUUACUCCCAACACCGAGCUGUGUCCUGGUCAGGUGUGUCACGCGGACGAGCUAUACUGGGUUUUCGGGACAGCAGAGACGGAUGGGCUUUAUCAGCCAUUCUCGGAUGUGCAGCUGUCGACAGCCCGCGACGUUAUGAGUCGGUGGACUAACUUCGCCCGGACUGGCAACCCUAACUACGUCGGCGCGUCGAUUCAAUGGGCUCCGUACACUGGCGAUAACGAACUCGUAAUCAAUGCAACAAAUACCGUGCAGCCGUACCACGUGGGGCAGUGCGAUUUUUUCACAAACGAGGUGGGAUUCAGCUUCGAGAAAGGUCUAUGAGGGUGGUUAUUUUGUAACUCGGGUCACGUCGAGGCAAGCUCUAUCAUGUGUUGUAAUAACUAAAUGACCUGGUUAAACAUAUGUGCUUCCAAAUUUCUAGACGGAGACAAAGCAUUCCUCCGAAAGUGAUUGGCCGCCUACUUUUGAGCGAACACGUGCCUGAUUUGGCCGAGGAUUUGACUGUGGAAGAGAAAGGGCAAACUGAAUGCUUUCCACAGUAUGGAGUCCCGCGCCCGUUCCCUCUACUCGUUCUUGGUUCCCUCGAUGCAUGAAAAUAACCAAAGUGCACCAUCUGAUGCAGUCAGGAGGCUUUAAAAUGGAGUUUCUAUGGCCAAGGACGCGAACGCUGGAGCAGAUGACGCCGGGGAGCCUCUUCCUACUUCGCCCUCAUGACUCCGCUGCAAGAAGCGCGUUCAUGAAGUCACUUUCUCCUGAAC